CAUGGGCGGGGGCGAUGGGGCGGCUUUGGAGGCGGGAAUGGAGCGGUCCGCGAGGUGGGCGGUGCUGUCCUGCUGUCUGUCCGCACCGGAAGUGCGCGCUGCCCCGGCUCGGCGGUGGGGAACUGCCAUGGGUCGGGCGGUGAGCGUAGCCGCCUGUGCCCUCAACCAGUGGGCUCUGGAUUUCGAGGGCAACGCCGAGAGGAUCCUGCGAAGUAUUAGCAUCGCUAAGAGCAAAGGAGCUAGAUACAGGCUCGGUCCAGAGCUCGAAAUUUGCGGUUAUGGCUGUGCUGAUCACUACUAUGAGUCUGAUACGCUCCUGCAUUCUUUUCAAGUACUGGCAAAACUUUUGGAGUCUCCAGCUACUCAGGAUAUUAUCUGUGAUGUGGGAAUGCCCCUUAUGCACAGAAAUGUUCGCUACAAUUGCCGAGUGAUCUUUCUAAAUAAAAAAAUUCUUUUAAUUAGACCGAAAAUGUCAUUGGCAAAUGCAGGAAACUAUAGAGAACUUCGAUGGUUUACCCCAUGGAACAAAGCAAGGCAGGUAGAGGAAUAUCUUCUACCAAGGAUAAUUCAGGAAGUGACAGGACAGGACACCGUUCCUUUUGGGGAUGCAGUGCUAGCAACCAAAGAUACCUGUCUAGGGACAGAAAUAUGUGAAGAGCUCUGGGCACCAAACAGCCCUCAUAUUGAAAUGGGACUUGACGGUGUGGAAAUUUUCACUAACUCUUCAGGGAGUCACCAUGUGCUGAGGAAGGCUCAUACUCGGGUGGAUUUGGUGAAUUCUGCCACAGCAAAGAAUGGUGGAAUAUACAUUCUGUCAAACCAGAAAGGUUGUGAUGGCGAUCGUCUGUAUUACGAUGGUUGUGCCAUGAUUUCUAUAAAUGGAGAGACAGUUGCACAAGGAUCUCAAUUUUCACUCGACGAUGUGGAGGUACUGGUUGCCACACUGGACUUGGAAGAUGUUCAAAGUUACAGAGCAGAGAUUUCAUCUCGUAACUUGGCAGCAAGUAAAGUGAAUCCCUUUCCCAGGAUAAAAGUGAACUUUGCUCUGUCAUGUUCUGAUGAUCUAGCUGUACCUAUCUGUGUGCCAAUCCAGUGGAAGCAUCACAGUCCUGAGGAGGAGAUCUGCCUUGGUCCUGCAUGUUGGCUCUGGGAUUACUUAAGGCGCAGCAGACAGGCAGGAUUUCUUCUACCUCUUAGUGGUGGAAUUGACAGCUCUGCUACAGCUUGCAUAGUAUAUUCUAUGUGCCACCAGGUUUGCUUGGCAGUCAAGAAUGGAAAUGCAGAGGUGCUGGCUGAUGCACGCAGGAUUGUGCAUGAUGAAACCUAUGUCCCUCAGGAUCCUAGAGAAUUUUGCAAGCUUGUCUUUACCACUUGCUAUAUGGCCAGUGAGAACUCCUCCCAGGACACUCGCAACAGGGCUAAACUUCUAGCUGAGCAAAUAGGCAGGUAGAUUGGAAACUGAUAGAAAAACUCAUGUUCUGGCAAAACAAAACAAACAACAACAACAAAAAC